AUGACCACGAUCCACGAGGAGAUGGACGAGUUCGUCAACUGGGAUGCGGCCGCUGCUGAAGUUGGCAACAUCUUCAGCAUGCCCUCGGAGGACGCCUCCCUCGCCGAUCCCAACUUGGAUCUUGUGCUGGAGAAUGCCGACGACGACGAUUUUGGUUUCUUCGCUCUUCAGCAUUUCUCUGCAGAGAAUGCCCCUGCUGCCGAGCCCUCGACCAACACCACGGGUCCUCUGGACCCUCAACUCCUAAGUGGCAUGGAUGAUCGCACCAGCUGCAACUACGAUAACGAUCAGUGUGACGAGCUUCAGGACUGGUGGGUUGCUCCAGAGUUUCCUUGCAACAACUGCGCCCUCGGAGGCUAUCAGUGCAAGAAGAUACGGGAGGGUCGCUACAAGAAUUAUUGUACUUCCUGUGUCGCCCUGCAGAACGACUGCAGUUUCGCUACUCAACCCGGCAUGUUCUCAAUGGAGAACCUAUCCCAGAACCCUUGGCCCAUCACGGGAGACCAUCCGAUUGCUCUGCACCAGGACGACUCGAUCCCAGUCAGCGCGCCCGGCACGUCAACACCGGACCUGCUGAGGAGCUUGACAACAUCCUCCGAAGAGCAUGUGCCUAUGCCCAACCAGGCGCCACCAGCCAAGAUCGGUGCGCGGUUCUCGAGGGAAUCAGUUCGUAUUCUUAAGAACUGGCUGUCUACGCACACCCGUCACCCCUACCCUAGCGAUGAAGAGAAAGAGAUGCUUCAACGCCAAACAGGCCUCAACAAAACCCAGAUCACCAACUGGUUGGCGAAUGCCAGGCGCCGCGGCAAGACACAGGCACCUCGUUCUACCUCACCCCAUGUUCGCAGCAGCUGGAGCGGUCCCAUUGAUAUUCCUCAGAGACGAGGAACUCCUGCCCCGGAUGGCAGGACCAGCCGCAUGAAUCCCUUGGAGCGUUGGGUGGACUCCCCGCCCGAAAACGAACCCGCAACUGUCACGGCCAUUGCUCGCGCCGUUGCUUCCAGCUCUGGAAUCUCAUCAGGCCUCAACAGUCCUUACAGCUUCAACUUCACCGACGAUGGAUCCGGCAGAUCUCAAUGCAAUGCCUCCUCUGCAAGCAGUGUUGGCACCUCACACUCCUCCGGCGGCUCCUUUGCUUCUGCCUACUCUCACGCAUCCCGCGGGUCGUUCGGCUCAUUCAACUCCUUCAACCGCGGACGUAGGCGCCGCAGGAGGCGCGCAGACGGCAAGCCUGCAGAGACGACAUCUCUUGCUACUCCUCUCAAGACUUUCCAGUGUACAUUCUGUACCGAAACGUUCAGAACCAAACACGACUGGCAACGGCACGAGAAGUCUCUUCACUUGUCUUUGGAGAGAUGGGUAUGCGCCCCUGACGGCCCGGUGUCUCUCAACCCUCAGACGAACCAGCCUUCUUGCGUCUUCUGCGGCGAAGCCAACCCCGACACUGCGCACGUCGAAUCUCACAACCACACAGCUUGCCAGGAGAGGACGCUUGAAGAGCGCACAUUCUACCGCAAAGACCACCUCAACCAGCACCUCCGUCUAGUCCACAACGUCAAAUUCGUGGAUUGGUCCAUGAAGGGAUGGAAGGUCGCCACACCGGAGAUUCGGUCGCGAUGCGGUUUCUGCGGAGUGGUGCUGCCAAACUGGACGUCUCGUAUUGAGCAUCUGGCGGAGCAUUUCAAGACUGGUAAUACCAUGGCGGACUGGAAGGGUGACUGGGGUUUUGAAGCGCCCGUACUCUCGAUGGUCGAGAACUCCAUCCCACCCUAUCUCAUUGAUAAUGAGCGAAACACUCCCUAUCCGUACAAGGCCAGUGGUGCACCUGCCGAGACCCCCAGGAGCGCUUACGAACUCAUCAAAAUGGAGCUGGCGUACUUUAUGCAAAACCACCACGACAAGACCGGCCGGAUGCCCAGCGAAGAGGAGAUGCAGCUGGAGGCCUGUCGUAUCAUUUUCGCCUCUGAAGUGUUGUCCAUCAGAGAGAUUUCGUACCCCUUCUCGUGGUUGCGUGAUGUGAUCAUGUCGUCGGAUGAGAUCAUGCGACAAGCCAAAUUCGGUCCCUUGCGUUCGCAGAUUGAAAACAGGCUGUCUACGUUGAAGAUUAACGGCAAGGACAACUUGUUCGAGGCUUGUCCACUCGAGAAUCAGCUCCACGAAUUCGUCAGAGCGAAGCGCCUAUUGGGUCUCACAGCCAUGGACGAGGAGCUUCAAGAGGAGGCUUGUAAGAUUGUGGGACGCAUCGAAGAAGUAUCGACGACCCCUUCCGAUUUCAUCGCCAACUGGCUGGUCAAGAUGAUCUACACUGGUACCGGCUGGCUUGCAAACUUCCGACAGCGCGCUCAUCUCCCCCGAACGGAAGACAUCGUGAAUGCGAACGAACGAUCAACCGACCUGACCAAAGUCGACUCGACCAUCCAUAACUACAGCAGACUGGAGCGGUCGUUGGCGGACUACAUGAACUCACAGCGGGCCAUGGGCAUUGAGCCGAGUGAUGCCGACCUCCAGCGACAAGCUCGUAUCAUCAUUUACGAAUUCGACGACGGCUGGAAUCAAACGGCGGCAGAUGCUAAUAAUGCUGAGUGGCUUCAACGCUUUAAGCGCGACGCCGGUAUCGCAAAGGAUCCCGGGCCGGGUCUACCGGUGGGCGACUCGUGGUCCCUCUCGCAAGGCGGAUCCGGAUUCGCGCCGCCCUACGCCUUCCCCAGGGGCGACAUGGCCCCCUUCAGCGACGGAUCCGCGGGUGUGCCGGUCCGGGACUUGCGCUUCGACACCGACUCGGCCGUGCUCAACACAUACCUCCAAACAUUCAAGACCCGGUACGCCAAGCCGGCGACCAUCUUCUGCGCCCGAGAGCUCGAAGACGGUCUCAUCCGUUUCGUCGAGUCGGACAUGUCCAUCACCGGCCGCUUCCCCGAAGACGACGCCAUCCGCGCGCAAGCCAGGCUCAUCCUCAAGCAGCCUAUCACUGCGGCGGACGACCCGACUUUGUUGGAGAAGUUCAAGAGCUGGAUGAUGGCUAAGCAGGCGGGAACACAGCAGCAGCCGCAGUUGUCGGCUUCGUCGUCUGCGGCAGCUCUUCCCGCAGACAUGAACCUGACCAUCUCUGAUGCGGAGAUGAACAACAUUCUACAGGACAUGAACAUGGAUUUCAGCGCGGCGGACCUGGAGGGUCUCGAGAUGAGCAUGGGCAUGGAUCUGGGGGGUGGUGCGCCCCUUGGUGGUGGUCCUCCCAGCUAG